AUGAACGGGGCUGUUGGUCUGGCCGACCCUUCGUCGCUUACCAUAGGAGAGCUUACUUCGAUUCUCUCAGACUAUUAUGACUUGCCUACCUCUCGCCAGAAGAAGGACUACUACAUCGACUUGUACACAAAGCAGUUUGCAAAACCAUCAUCAACCACGUUGAAACCAAACAAAAAGACAAACAUCCCAGCAACAAGUACAAUCCACAACAAACGAUUACGAGUGAAGAAAGCAUUCUCAGAUGUAAACGACUCGUCUGAAUCGGAAUCUGAAGUACCCAUCAUCAAACUCAACAAUACUCCCAGUAAUCUGGCUGACUCGCCACUACUACGAACCAGGGCUUCCAUAGCUAAAAUGAGGGCUGCCAAGAAUAUCACAGAUCAACCAACUCUAGUAGAGUCAGACACACGCGAAGGAUCGGACGAUGAAGAAACCAGCAGCAGCAGUGGUCAAGUCAACAAACUUGUUAGUGCGCUCGAGGGCACGUCAACCACUACUACAACUACAUCAUCAUCCACAACUCGACCUACAAGUCUUACUGGUCCCAUCCGUAGAGGGCGUAAAUCAUGGCUACCUGCACUAGCACCCAGAGCAACUGCCAAAAUAGGAGUCCCUCCAGAGAUAGCUCCUGCUGCCGAGCCUUCUGUAUGGCAUGCAAGUCCUUCUUCACUUAAACCUAUAGUCAAUCGCCUCGCACCCGCACGAUUACGCGAACUGGAAGCAACUCUCAAAUUCAAGACUCCAUCUACAGACAGUGCUUCUGAGGAAAUCGGAAUGUCUUCUGCUGAAAUGGGAUGGAAGAUCUUGUCUCAUAUUGUUGUAUUGGUCGUCUUGGUCGGCGGAGCUCUCGUAUUCAUGGACUGGUUACACACGGUUGGCUCUGAGCUUGCUUAUUGUCCUAGUCGGCCUGCUAUGGCCGAUGACUCAAAUCCAUUGACUCGCCUAUUCCCUACUUGUGUCCAUUGCGAAACUGCCACUAUAUGUAGAGGAAAAGAUGUUACAGGGUGUUAUCAUCAAGGAGAUGUGUUGGAAGUAUCAGCUCUCGCUGAAUACUUGCCUUUUGUAAAAACUUGGCCUCUCCCUCUAGCACGCCCUCAUUGUAUUAAAUCUGGUCGAGCCGUCUUAAAGAAUGGAGUCCCAAGCCGUGCAGCUCGUAUCAUAGAUGAAACCAAAGCAACUGUUGGUAACUGGCUUCAAGGACGAGCAACCAAAAUCCAAUUCAUCGUAUCUGACUAUACAGCAACCUUCUUGGAAGUAGUAUCACAGCCAGACACUUAUACUCUUGAAAAUCUUGGAUUCGUAAUGACCGAAUUAUGGGACCAGUACAAUCAAAUCAUCGCUUGCUUUAUUGCUACGUUUGGUAUAUACUAUAUAGGCUUGGCCAUGUAUCUCCGAUACACUUCACGAGCAGCUAGUAAACGAUUAGCUGAACAGGUUGCUAGGGUCCUCCUUCAACGACAUAAAGACUCUGAAGAAAAUUCCAAAAUAUCUAGAUGGGUAGUUGUGGAUGAGCUAAAGGAUGCUCUGCUUGAAGGGGCUGCUGAUGAUACAGUUAAGGAUUCUCUAUGGUACCUCGCAGAAUGUGAAUUGGCGGGUCGGCAGGAUGUCAUGGAAGGUGAACUUUCUGGUGAACGUGUAUGGUUGUGGAGUGAUGGCUCGUAA